GGAGCAGGAGGGACCGAGCGGAGGAGCGAGCCGAGCGGCCGUCGCCCGAGCCCAGCCGCGCCGCCAGCCCGCCAGCCCGCCAGCCCGCGCUCCAGUCCGCCGUGUCUAGCAGCGGGGCCCAGCAUGGUCAUGGCGGAUGGCCCGAGGCACUUGCAGCGCGGGCCGGUCCGGGUGGGGUUCUACGACAUCGAGGGCACGCUGGGCAAGGGCAACUUCGCCGUGGUGAAGCUGGGGCGGCACCGGAUCACCAAGACGGAGGUGGCAAUAAAAAUUAUAGAUAAAUCUCAGCUGGAUGCAGUGAACCUUGAGAAAAUCUACCGAGAAGUACAAAUAAUGAAAAUGUUAGACCACCCUCACAUAAUCAAACUUUAUCAGGUAAUGGAGACCAAAAAUAUGUUGUACCUUGUGACAGAAUAUGCCAAAAAUGGAGAAAUUUUUGACUACCUUGCUAAUCACGGCCGGUUAAACGAGUCUGAGGCCAGGCGCAAAUUCUGGCAAAUCCUGUCAGCUGUUGAUUAUUGUCAUGGUCGGAAGAUUGUGCACCGUGACCUCAAGGCUGAAAAUCUCCUGCUGGAUAACAACAUGAAUAUCAAAAUAGCAGAUUUCGGUUUUGGAAAUUUCUUUAAAAGUGGUGAACUGCUGGCAACAUGGUGUGGCAGCCCCCCUUAUGCAGCCCCAGAAGUCUUUGAAGGGCAGCAGUAUGAAGGACCACAGCUGGAUAUUUGGAGCAUGGGAGUUGUUCUUUAUGUUCUUGUCUGUGGAGCUCUGCCUUUUGACGGACCAACUCUUCCGAUUUUGAGGCAAAGGGUUUUAGAAGGAAGAUUCCGGAUUCCAUAUUUCAUGUCAGAAGAUUGUGAGCACCUCAUUCGAAGGAUGUUGGUCCUAGACCCAUCCAAACGGCUAACCAUUGCUCAAAUCAAGGAGCAUAAAUGGAUGCUCGUAGAAGUUCCUGUACAGAGGCCUACUCUCUAUCCACAAGGGCAAGAAAAUGAGCCAUCCAUUGGGGAGUUCAAUGAGCAGGUUCUGCGAUUGAUGCACAGCCUUGGAAUAGAUCAACAGAAAACCAUUGAGUCUCUGCAGAACAAGAGCUAUAACCAUUUUGCUGCCAUUUAUUUCUUGUUGGUGGAGCGCCUGAAAUCACAUAGGAGCAGUUUUCCUGUGGAGCAGAGACUUGAUGCCCGCCAGCGUCGGCCUAGCACCAUUGCUGAACAAACAGUUGCCAAGGCACAAACGGUGGGGCUCCCAGUGACCAUGCAUUCGCCGAAUGUGCGACUGAUGCGAUCUGCCCUCCUCCCACAGACGUCCAAUGUGGAGGCCUUCCCAUUCCCAGCCUCGGGCUGUCAGGCGGAAGCAGCCUUCAUGGAAGAAGAGUGUGUUGACACUCCAAAGGUAAAUGGCUGUCUGCUGGACCCUGUGCCUCCUGUGCUGGUGAGGAAGGGGUGCCAGUCAUUGCCCAGCAACAUGAUGGAGACCUCCAUUGAUGAAGGGUUGGAGACAGAAGGAGAGGCUGAGGAAGACCCCAGUCAGGCCUUUGACGCGUUCCAGUCCACGCGCUGUGGGCAGAGACGGCACACCCUGUCGGAAGUGACCAACCAGCUGGUGGUAAUGCCGGGGUCAGGGAAAAUUUUCUCCAUGAGUGACAACCCCUCCCUUGACAGUGUGGACUCUGAGUAUGAUAUGGGGUCUGUUCAGAGGGACCUGAACUUCCUUGAGGACAGCCCUCCGCUUAAGGACAUCAUGUUAGCCAAUCAGCCAUCACCCCGCAUGACAUCUCCCUUCAUAAGCCUGAGACCCGCCAACCCGGCCAUGCAGGCUCUGAGCUCCCAGAAACGAGAGGCCCACAACAGGUCGCCAGUGAGCUUCAGAGAGGGCCGCAGGGCGUCAGACACCUCCCUCACCCAAGGAAUUGUAGCAUUUAGACAACAUCUUCAAAAUCUGGCUAGAACCAAAGGAAUCCUAGAGUUGAAUAAAGUGCAGUUGCUGUAUGAACAAAUAGGAUCGGAGGCAGACCCUAACUUGGCCUCAGCUGCUCCUCAGCUCCAAGACCUGGCCAGCAGCUCCCCUCAGGAGGAAGUUUCUCAACAGCAGAAAAGCGUGUCUGCUCUCGCCACCAGCGUGCGUCCUCAGCUCUCCCAGCGGCAAGGCCUGGAAGCCCAGUACCUGCAGCACAGACUCCAGAAGCCCAGCCUUCUGUCAAAAGCCCAGAACACCUGUCAGCUUUAUUGUAAAGAACCACCGAGGAGCCUUGAACAGCAGCUGCAGGAACACAGACUCCAACAGAAGCGACUCUUCCUCCAGAAACAGUCUCAGCUGCAGGCGUAUUUUAAUCAGAUGCAAAUAGCGGAGAGCUCCUACCCACAGCAGAGUCAGCAGCUGCCCCUGCCCCACCAGGAGACACCACCGCCAUCACAGCAGCCACCGCCAUUCAGCCUGACCCAGCCUCUGAGCCCCGUCCUGGAGCCUGCUUCAGAGCAAAUGCAAUACAGCCCUUUCCUCCGCCAGUACCAGGAGAUGCGGCUGCAGCCCCUGCCCUCCUCGCCUGGUCCCCGGGCUCCACCGCCGCUGCCCGUGCACUUGCAGCAGCAGCAGCCGCCACCGCCGCCGCCGCCGCCACCACCGCCACAACAGUCGGGAGCUGCCCCAGCGCCCUUACAGUUCUCCUAUCAGACUUGUGAGCUGCCAGGCGCUGCCUCCCCUGAGCCAGACUAUCCCACUGCCUGUCAGUACCCCAUGGAUGGAGCCCAGCAGAGCGGCAUGGCAGCUCCGGACUGUCCCAGGAGCUCAGGACCGCAGGAGGCCCCCUCCAGCUACGACCCUCUAGCCCUCUCUGAGUUCCCUGGACUCUUCGAUUGUGAAAUGCUAGAGGCUGUGGACCCACAGCACAGUGGUUACGUCCUGGUAAAUUAACCUCAGCACAGGAAGUAAGGCGGGUCAAGUAAAGGAAGAGUAUUUCUAUUUGUAUUCCAGCCUUUUAAAUUUAAAGCUUAUUUUCCUGCCCUCUCCCUAAUGGGGAAAAAAUCAAGUCACCCAACUGGAAUCAGAGGGCCUGGCCGGGUGGAUGUUGCUUCCUCCUGCCUCUGUCCCACCAGUUUUCUGUGGCAAGUGCUGGAACAUAGUUGUAGGCGGAAGCUCACGCCCUUAGGUCAAGUGGAGCAAGCUCUCACGGGAGGCACCAAAAAAUGUUUUUAUACGAAGAAGGCAUCCAGACCCAGGUUUUAUGCAGAACUACACCAAUUCGUUAUCGAGGGAGACCUUGGUGAACGCAGGAAAAAUGUGUGCCAUUGUAUAUGGGCAAAAAAAAAGGCAAUAUAUUUUUCACUGAAGCCAAGCAACAACAUGUUGCUUAAAGGCAGAUCAAGAACGCAUAAUGAAAUUUGAUGCACAGGAAAUAAAGGACAGUGUACUUGGUCAUUGAAUCCUAAGUUCUAAGCUGCUGAGGCAAGUUGUCCCUGAGGCCAUUGCAAAGCAGUAGAGUGUGAGCUUUGUUUCAGGGGCCACUACAUAACGGCUGGUACUGACCCCUGAGACCAGUGGUCGUCUCCCCCUGGGAGCGGGUGACACACCACUUCAGAAGGUGCCCUGGGUUACAGAACGUCAGAGUGUACUUGGCUCCAAAGAUGUCACCUGUAGAACCAGAGACCCACCGCAGUGGAGACUGGGGGCACAAAUUCAAGAAGCCGUCAGGAGCAGCAGCCCCGGGCCGGGGAAGACGGGCUCUCCCUGCACAGUCCUUGUGGAGACUUCUGGUUCGAGCAGUGGGUCUUUAGAGGACCUGGCGUCUCUUUUAAAAUGUAAUAACUACUUUGACUUUACACUCUAUGUUGCUAGUAGUUUGAGCUUUGUAUAUUUGGACAGUUUCAUAUAGGGCUUAGCAAUUUUAAGGACAAGACAAAUGAACUUUGAUCUCCCAUGUGAAGUGGUAGUGCUGUGCCUUUUCCCCCAGAUCAUGCUUUAAUUCUUUCUUUUCUGUAGAAACCAAUAGUUUUCCAUUGAUGUCAAUGCUAAAUCCAAAGUCACUUCAGAGUUUGUUUUCCACCAUGUGGGAAUCGCAUUCUUAAUUUUCGUAAAGUUUUGACUUGUAAUGAAAUGUUCAAGUAUUACAGCAAUAUUCAAAAACCACAGAUGUGUUAACCAUUUAAGCAGAUCAUCUGCCAAACACAUUAUCUUACUAGUAAAUUAACCCUUACAAUUCAUUCAUCAGAGUAAGUAAAAACUAGAUCCUACAGCUAGUUAACUGUAUACCUAGACGUAAUGAGUAACUUGUCAUUUGGACAGUAACAUCCAAGGGUUACAAAUUCAGUAUUAUUUACAAAGACUAUCGUUUCUGUCCUUUAGAACGGCUUGUCUAUCAGCAGAUGAAUGCGCUAAGCACAAAGCAUCUUCCUUAAAGCACAAAGAAGAGAGAUACUCCAGUGAUGCUGCAUCUAGAACACACCUUUAAGUUGCCUUUCCUCUUUGUAGUAAGUGUCCAGGCAGGUGAGGAGAAGCAUGGAAAGUCUAAGGAGUUCCGUUCCGGCCCCCGCCCAGCCCCGCCCAGCAUUGGUAACUGGAGCAUCCUUGUCACCGGCUCCACUUGGCGCCAGGCCCGUUCACAGAGGCUCUCUGCGUGGGGUUGGACUCUGGGUGUUAGCAAGAAAGGGUGGUGUGGAGGACUGUCAUGCUGUGAUUUAGCAACACGCAGUGAAAAUCCAGGAAGAAUGAUGUUCCUUCUAUGGAUUAUUCUCCUUCAUGCUUAAGAUUGAUGAUUUCGUGAAAUAGAUCACAUCGUUUCAUUUAAGAGAUCCUUUCAUUAAGAUCUCUAAUCUGUUCUAAGGUUUUGCAAAAUAAGCCAGUUAUAAAAUAGGGCUUGAUUUGUUUAGGCUGAAGGAUAUUUCCCAAAAUAUACUACAGAAGCGCUGUAAUAUUUAUAAAAUUAAAACGCUUUCCAGAUUGAAAAUCCAGGCCGCUCAUUUCAGAGUCGCAGGAAUGGCACAGUUACAGAUUGGCAUAAACACCUGCCUCCCGGCAAGGCCAUCAGCCACUUAGCCUGGGAAACCUCGGAGCUAUGGCAGGACAAGCGGGCUGACAGAUGAGAGACAGCGGCGAGGCUGUUGGAAGGUUAAAGGGCCCAGAGAGAGACAUGGGGAGGCACCAGCAGGGCCAGGUAUGGUAGGAACCGACAGACCAGCGGCGCGGGCACUCGCCUGGCCAGUGCGUGACCCGCCUGCCGGACCUGUGUUGUAAGCUCCUGUUUGUUUUUCUCAUUUAUUUCAAGCAGAAAUCAAUAAAUUCCCUAACGAUCUGUAUUUACUGAAACGUAAGGUGGUGAGAGGAGACUGCUUCUGUUGGUCAAUCAGGUGUUUUCCCAGCCCUGUCUGAUCAUUGCCGUUGCUCUGUCCCCUAACUAGUGACCUGUGUAAGCUGCCAAGCCGUUUUCUCCUCACAAAUACUGAAGUAACACUAAGAAGGCUUCGUACCUCUCUUUUUAUGAGAGGCUGCUUUGAAAGAACGACUUUCUUUCCAGUCUGUUUCACAUUAGCAGUGUGUACACUACUGUAUAAUAAUCAUUAGCUUUAUUACUUUGUAAACCAGGCUCCUCUGAAGAGACUUUGGUGAAAUGAACGUGAGGUAAAAAUUUCAUUCAGCAAAAAGUGCAA